AUGGAUAAUGAUGAUCGUAUUUCUCAUUUAAAUAAUUCACUAUUAUAUAAACCGAUGAAUGUACAAAACACUUCAUAUCAACCAAUAUCUACGUUGAAAAAUAAACAAGAUUCUAAUUUAUUGAAUCUAUUAAACAAAAAUCCUAGAAAAUCAAUCAUACCAUUAUCUCAUUUACCCACGAAAUCAUACAAGAUAUUCGGAAUCGAUAAUGAAUCUGAUAAUUCAUUGAAUAAAAAUUAUUCAUUAGUAGAAACUGUUGAUGAAAAUAGUUUUGAUAUAUUUAUUCUACAAAAUUUUACACGAUUCUCCGGUGAACAAGAUGUUAAUAUUUGGUUGGAUGAAACCGUGGAUAAAUUUGAUCGAUCGUUAAUUACAACAAACCUACGUUUUGCUGCAAUUCCAUUAUUAGUUCGAGGUCUUGCACAAAAGGUCUACUUAAAGAAUCGACGAAAUAUUCAAUCGUUUGAUGAUUUCUAUGAAAUCUUAUUAUCACAUUUUGAUAAAAAUGAAGUUCAACCAAUACAUAAUCAUCAACAAGAAAAUACUAUAUUACAAUCUGAUCUAAAUUCUCAAACAAAAUUAUUAGAAGAUAAAAAUUUACAAACUAUGAUGACAUCUGAAAAUACACAUGUUUCAGAAAAAUCACCAACACAUCAUUCUACUGUUAUAGUUGAUUCCGGUGCCGCCACUUCGAGUGGCGAGAUACCAGUCUCACAAUCAACAGAAACUAAUGAUAAUAUUAAUAAUAAUUCAAAUCUUGAUGAAACAACAAAUAUACUUCCUACAGUUCUACUCCAAACAUUAGCAAAAGAUCCUAACACAUUAAAGGAUAACAACAGUGAUAUCCAAAAAUUAGUCCCAGGAACUGCAUAUCAUUCAGAUAUGACCUAUGUUCCUCAUUUUAAUCGAGUAGAUUCUAUUCCUUAUUUAUUACGAUUAGACAUUGCUCAAUGGUAUAAACAUAACAAAAUAAUGCCAACGUCAUGGGACGUUUUCGUAUAUAAAAAGAGGAAAAAAGCUAAACGUUUAUCCACAAAUAUUUAUGGGAAAAAUAGUUAUGCAGAAGGCCUUAGCAUUCGCCGAUAA